UGUAACACCGGAAGUUGUGUUUCUCUCUCAGAUGACAAGUUCCGGUUGGGGAAAUUUGAACGCUGUUAGCAGCAGUCGCUGGUGGUUUAAAGUUCUGCUUAUUUGAUUGAAGGAGCUGUAUAUCAAAUUCAGUGUUACCAGGUUUUGUUUCAGUGCUCAGGUGCUGAUCAGUAGUUUCUGGACUUCACUUGGCGAUGGAUCCCGGCACUGUAUCCCUGUUUCAGAGAGUCUCAGAGAAGCUGGGCUGGGACCGAGAUGGUGGUCUGGAUGAAGCUGAAGAGAAGUUGCGUAAGAGCUUGAAGAAGACCAGACGUCCAGCGCGGGGCAGUUAUGAGUCCUCAAGCACAGAUCCGGUGCACAGACGACUGCCGACUGACACUGACUCGGGGAAAGAGAGUCCGUCUCGACAAAAACAUGCGCUGUUGACCUCAGAUGAUGAAGACUUUGAUAAAUUUCUUGCUGCAAAGGCUACACCCAAAUCUACAUUGAAGCAGUCUGCAUCAGCUGCCCAGAAACUAAGGGAACCAAUUCCAGUUCUGUCUUCAGAUAGUGAUGAUGAAUUUGAAACAUUUUUAAAUCAAGUGAAAACCCCGAAGGCUAAAGUCCAGUCGCGGGCUGUGAGUAGCAGUGAUGACUGUUUGAAACGCUUCAUAGUGGACAGCAUGUCAUCUGAUGAUGAUUUCGUCAUUGAGAGGAAGCCUUCCGUCCAUAAAGGAAAAGCCAAGACUGCUAGGACUCCUAAAUCAGUUCAGAAGACAGAGAAACCGCCUCUAUCUCUGUGUGAUUCUCCUGUCUUCCUGAGCGACAGUGAUGACGACCGAGACGCUGUUAUCAAGAGCACCUGGAGGACCAGACUCAGCCGUCCACCUUCUGAGGAACAUCAGGCCACGAGCGCAGGCAGAGAGGAGGACGUAAAGCCUUGUGUGCUCCCGCCAGCAGUCACUGUGACGACACACGGCGGUCCAGAGGACUCGUGCAGCUCUGAGGAGGAGUUCCAGUCCUUACUGGACCGGGUCAGACAGAAUCAGAACCUGCGAGGCAGAACGCAUGCAAGCCCAAAGCCACCUCCAGAGUCCACAGGUCGUCCUCCCUGUUUGUCCACACCGUCUGCUGUGGGUAAGACAGCUACGAACCCUGUACCGGUUAAAGGGUCGUCCACAAGCCACACCCCAGUGCAGCAGACGCCCGGCAGCAGACCAGUGAGCCAGACCGAGCCCAGAGCUGUGUCCAGCAGCAGACUGGUGGUGUGUAAAACUCCCGGCUGCUUCCUGCAGUCUCUGUCUGUUCCUGGAUCGUCGUACAGCCGCAGCUUCAAACAGAACAAAGAGGAGCUCACUAACAAACUCUUCCAGCUCUACAACACCAGCGUGUUUGACAGGAAGCUUCCCGCUGACAUGUCUGUCACGUGGAACAAGAAGAUGCGCAAGACAGCAGGAUACUGCAUCUCCGGUCAGGAGCGUGGCUCUGGGGAGCGAUACGCCCGCAUCGAGCUGUCAGUCAAAGUUUGUGACUCUGCAGAUCGGUUACGAGAUACGUUAGUCCAUGAAAUGUGUCACGCUGCCACGUGGCUAAUAAACAGCGUUCGUGAUGGGCACGGGCCGUUCUGGAGACUGUAUGCUCGUAAAGCGAUGCUGGCUCAUCCUGAGCUACCGAUGGUGUCCCGCUGCCACAGCUACGACAUCAACUACAAGUUCAACUAUCAGUGUAACCGCUGCAAGAACACGAUCGGCCGUCACUCCAAGUCCCUGGACACCACCAAGUUUGUGUGUGCUUUGUGCACUGGGCAGCUGGUGUUGUUGACCCCCUCAAAGCCGCGGGCGCCCACAGCCUUCGCCUCCUUCGUGAAGGAGAACUACAGCUCCGUGAGACAGGACCUGGCAGGACAGAGUCACGCAGAAGUUAUGCGCAAACUCAGCGCAGACUUCUCCAGCAAAACCCGGCUCAGUCAGAGCUGAGUCACAGAGACCUCAGACCAUCUCCACUGCUGCUUCGCUUUCUGUUCAGAUGAACGAUCAA